AUGGCGACGGCAGCUUUCAAAGCAAGAGGAACAUAUGAGUUUCUUUUAGCGAAUGUCUCCAAAAUGACUCGAGGAGUCUAUAGUCCACCUUUUGGCACACACGAGGAUAUGUUUUGGCAACUGGAAUUUACGCCGUCAUGCAAAGACGACCCAGAAUAUUGUUCGGUUUAUUUGUGUGCGAUUGCAAAUAGUGAGGAAAAAAAUUCAACCGAGAUAUGGGCAAGACGUAACGAGAUUUCGGCUACCUUGUUCUUAAGGCCGUCAGAUCCAUUGACAUCCAUUGAAAAUACACUCAACAUAAGGAAAAAUUUAUCACUCGAUGAUUAUUCAGCAACAUUCCCAUUGUGGGGCUUUGAUUGUUUCUGCAAAAGGUCAGUUCUACCCGAUGAAAUAAUACUCGGAGUAAUGUUUGACAAGACGGAAUUCACACCAUGGAGUAUGAAAACCCCGUUUCCCACAAAGCCAAUACCCGAUCCACUUAUCGAAGCUUGGUCCGCUACGCUCAAUAAACAAGAGACAGUCGAUGUACAAUUCAACGUAAAAGGAACACUUAUAUACGCAAGUAGCACGAUACUUUCGAAGCGAUCCGAAUAUUUUCAAAAAGUAUUUCAAGAGAAAUGGUCAGAGUCACAGAAAAAAGCACCAAAACAACGACAAAAUUCUAUAUCGGGAUCGUUACAUGCCUUAUCACUGAAUAAUAACAAUAGUGAAUCGAAUACGUCUUUACAAGCUUCGAAGUUGCCACAGGCUGUGUCGAGCCCGCCAAAUGGAUACAAGUUUGUGGUUGAUGUUCCGGAUUUCGAUCACGCUACUUUUUUGGAGAUGCUGAGGUUUUUGUAUACGGAUCAAGUGCUGUUCGAUGAUAAAUUGGAAUCACACAAAUCAGCAUUGGAUCUAUUCGCAAUCGCUGACAAAUACUUGAUUGCCGAUUUGCGACAACGCGCAAAGGUGAAAAUAUUCAAAGAUCUAAACGAAGACAAUGCAGCUGGUCUAUUAUUCGGUGCAGCGUGGAAAUGGCCAGACUUGAAAGAACAUGUGAUGAAAUAUGUGGUUGAAAAUUUCAAGUCUGUUCGAAAGACGCCCGCAUUCAAAAAUGCAAUCUUGAAUCCUAGCUCGCAUCCUCAUUCUGGUGAACUUUUAAUAGAAGUGCUCGAGAUUUUAGAUCCUUGA